AUGGAAGAAUAUCUAAAGGAGUUAAUACAGACAAAAAAGGAAGGAAGUUUUACAAAUGACUCAUAUGAACUUAUUGCUGAAGGCGGAGAAGGUUUACUCUAUUUACAUUUUAAAGAUAAUUUUUUCAGAAUAAGGAAUGGCCAAACUCCAGAAGUUAUUGAGCCAAAAUGCUUAACUAGAGUAAUACAUACAUUUAUUUCAAAUUGCGAUCAUACAAAAUGCAUAAUUAUGGAUGAAAAAUAUAAAAUCGACAUUUUUGAACUUCCAUCAAAUGAAAGUAUUAUAUUCAAAUUUGUUAAUACAUUUAACGUACGUGAAGAACAGGUUGAUGCUGUAAAAUGGACUUCUUAUUCUCCAAAUCACUUUGUAGUGCUUCAGAACUUAAAAAUUUACUUAUAUGACUGCAACAAUGCUGAAAAAUUACUAGAAUUCUCUCUUUCUGCUAUCACUAGUAUGCAAUUUGGUACAGAUUUCGAUCCAUGGUAUCAAUAUUCGUUGCUUGCAUUGAAUUCAGGCAAACUUGUAUUCAUUAGAGGAUUUAUUCCAAAGACGGGACUGUCUAUGAAUCCAGAAACAUACUCUCGCAUUUUAAAUACGCUAAAUACUACUGAUAAACAAUUAUUCCAAAAAGUAGCAGUUCCUAACGGUUCCUCUUACAAUAUCAUAUUGGAUUCCAACUAUUCGCCAAACCAAUUUGAAGUCAAAUUAUAUAAUAGAGAAAAUCCGAUUCCAGACAUUGAUUCUUUCGCUGUUUCCGGGAAAUACUUAUUCAUCAUCAGUAAGAACAUGUUUUACGCUUAUGAACUUGAUUUAUCCGACGGAAAACGUAAUUUGACUUUUGUUGGCCAUCAUGUCAUGAAAGACGUUGAUAUGAGCGACCACUACGACUUCAAAUAUGUUUGUGAGGCACAGAUCGAAAUGAAUUCAAAGAUUCUUGUUAGAAAUGGAAGAGUUUUCGUUUUUAGCAACAAUAAAAUUUGGAUGUUCAACGAAUUAGAGAAUAAGCUUCUUCUAUCGAUGAAAUUCAAUGGAACUACUAUUAAAUCCAUUGGAGUUUCAUCAAAUGUCCACGCAUUUGCCUUAGUUACAAAUGAUCAUACCAAUUAUUCAUUCCUUCCGGUUUUCCAGUCAUGCAAUAGCUUCCCAGGAGGAUGGGAACAAUCCACAAACGUUAAUAGUGCUGCAGAUAAGAUUUCACAGAGAAUUACAGAAUUGAAAAAGAGGAAAGACCAAAUUGAGAAUAGGAAAAAGGAGAUUUUGAAGGAAUUAGAAGGAAUACAUAAAUUCGUUGAAGAUUCCAAGAAGAAUUCGGAAGAAAUUUGUAAAAAUGCACAAAUUUUUACAAAUGCCGCAGAAUCAAUCAUUGAAAAAGCUGGUGUCCCUCAAAAAGUUGAUAUUGAUGAAGAAAUCAAGAAGAUGCUUGGUGAUGAUGCCAAAUUUGCAUAUGAUGCUGGAAAAAUCCAAACAAGCAUGUUAUCAAUAGAGUUGUCGACAAACUUAUAA